UAGAAUAACAGUUGCUUCCCUUAAGUUUGUUGACAAAUCACAAUCCUGUGGGAUGGCUGCUGUAGCUGAUGAUGAAGAUUUUAUAUAUGAAGAUUUACUGAAAGCAUCCAUUCCUCAAAUAUUUUUACCAGAAGUUCAGGAAGCUAUAGAUCAGGUAUUGCCAAGUGAUGAUCCAUUAGACAGGGCAGAUUUUAAUCCAAUAGACUACAUCAACACGCUGUUUCCAACUGAGCAGUCCCUGGCUAAUAUUGAUGAUGUUGUUGGCAAGAUAAGAUAUAAAAUCAGGAGCCUAGAUGAUGACAUCCGUUCAGUUGUAAGAGGUCAGACCAAUGUUGGAGAAAGUGGGAGACAGUCAUUAGAAGAGGCACAGAAAGCAAUACAGGAAUUGUUUGCCAAAAUAAAAGAUAUCAAAGAUAAAGCUGAAAAGUCAGAAGAAAUGGUUAAAGAAAUUACAAGGGAUAUCAAACAACUAGACCAUGCAAAGAAAAAUUUGACCUCAUCAAUAACAACACUUAAUCAUUUACAUAUGUUAGUAGGAGGUGUGGAUUCUUUAACGUCACUAACCAAGAGAAGACAAUAUGGGGAAGUAGCUAAUCUGUUACAAGGUGUUCUCAACGUUCAGGAACAUUUUGACAGAUACAUGUCUAUUCCUCAAAUCAAACAACUGUCAGACAGAGUAAAACAAAUACAAGGUGAACUAGGAACACAAAUACAAGCAGAUUUUGAAGAGGCAUUUCAGGGAGCUGGAGCUAAGUAUGGUCCAGGAAAUCAGAGACAGUUAAAGGAAGCCUGCCUUGUAGUUAGUGUGUUAGACCCAAGAGUGAAGAAAGAUCUCCUGAACUGGUUUGUCAAACUUCAGCUUUCAGAAUACCUUGUGCUAUUUGGAGAAAACCAAGAUGUGGCUUGGUUGGAUAAGAUAGACAGAAGAUAUGCAUGGAUAAAGAGAACAUUGGUGGACUUCGAAGAAAAAUUUGGUCAUUUGUUUCCAUCAGACUGGGAAGUCAGUGAAAGAAUCUGUGUUGAAUUUUGUGAUUUAACCAGAAAAGAGCUUUCAAAGAUUAUGACAAAGAGGAAAGUUGAGAUAGAUGUAAAGCUAUUAUUGUUUGCCAUACAAAGAACGACAAAUUUUGAAACCUUACUGGCCAAAAGGUUUACUGGUGUUACAUUGCAAGAGUUUCAGGGGAAGAAAUCAGUGAGUGUUGCUCCGCCAACAACCAAUCCAUUUGAGGAAGAAUCUUCUAAUCCAUUUGAAAGUGAUAUGGAGAAUGAAGAGAAAACACAAUCGGAUGACAACAAGGAUAGUGAAAAGAAUACAUCCUCCCCUUUUGGUGGUAUUAUAUCCCAAUGUUUUGAGACACAUCUAGACAUCUAUAUUGAUUCACAAGAUAGGAAUCUGUCAGAAUUAGUAAACAGAUUUUUAGAAGACCUCCGACAGUUUGGAACACCUCGCAUGGAAUCAGAGGAUAGCAGUAAUGUAUUACCUAGCUGUGCUGAUUUGUUUGUAUUUUAUAAGAAAUGUAUGGUGCAGUGUUCUCAGCUGAGUAAUGGACAACCAAUGAUAGACCUAACACGAACAUUCCAAAAAUACCUCAAAGAAUAUUCCAACAGAGUUCUGCUUAAUUCUUUACCAAAACAAAGUAAAGAGGGGAACAGUUCAGCCUCUGGAAUAUUACAAAGUAUACUCAAGGAAGGGGAGAUAACUAAGUUUACAGAGGAAGAACAAUGUAGAAUUUGUAGUAUCUUAUGUACAGCCGAAUAUUGUAUGGAAACUACACAACAGCUGGAGGAGAAACUGAAAGAGAAAGUAGAUCCGGGUCUAACCAGUCAGAUUGACCUGAAUCCAGAACAAGAUACAUUCCAUAAUGUGAUAUCAAGUUGUAUACAGUUACUUGUACAGGAUUUGGAAACAGCUUGUGAGCCUGCUCUUACAGCCAUGAGUAAGAUGUCUUGGUCAUCAGUUGAAGCUGUUGGUGACCAGAGUGGAUAUGUGUCUGCUGUGACUACACAUCUCAAACAAAAUAUACCAAUCAUCCGAGAUAACUUAGCUUCAUCUAGAAAAUUCUUCACUCAGUUCUGUCUAAAAUUUGUUAAUACAUUCAUUCCAAAAUUCAUCAACAACUUAUUCCGAUGUAAAUCUAUCAACACAGUGGCAGCUGAACAGUUAUUACUAGAUACUCAUUCCCUAAAAACAGUUUUAUUAGAUCUUCCGUCACUAGGUUCCCAGGUUAUAAGAAAAGCACCAGCAAGUUAUACUAAGAUUGUUGUUAAAGGUAUGACAAAAGCAGAAAUGAUUCUGAAGGUUGUGAUGUCACCACAUGAACAGCCACAAGGUUUUGUAGAUAAUUACAUUAGAUUAUUGAGUGAUUCAGAUAUUAAUGAAUUCCAGAAAGUUUUAGAAAUGAAGGGGUUAAGAAGAAGUGAACAGAGUAAUUUAUUAGAGAUAUACAGAGCAAGAAUACCUAUAUCAUCUAUACUGGGUAGUGCUAAUGAUCAGACACAAGUGACAUCAGCUCCUGAUCAAGAGUCUAGUCGUAUAAGAAAAUUAGAAAAACUAAUUAAAAAGAGAUUGUAGUUGAUAAAUAUUUUAGGGUUAUUUUUAAGUUGUGAUUAAUUUGAAAAAAAUUCUGUUUUCUAAUGGUACAAAGAAUUGUACUUGCUCAAAUGUAUAAUCAUUCAUUUUUUUUGGUAAAACCAGAGAAUUAAAAUAUGUUAGAGUGGGGAAAUCAAAUUUCUUGUUUUGAUAAAAAAUUUUAAUUUUGAUUUAAAAGAGAAAUCUUGAUGUAUUUUUAUACGACCGCAAAAAAUUUUUGCGGUCGUAUAUUGGUAUGACGUUGGCGUCGUCGUCAUCUGGCGUUGGCGUCGUCCGGCAUCGUCCGAAGACACAUUGGUUUUCGCACUCUAACUUUAGUUUAAGUAAAUGGAUCUCUAUGAAAUUUUACCAUAAGGUUCAAUACCACAAAAGGAAGGUUGGGAUUGAUUUUGGGGGUUAUGGUACCAACAGUUAAGGAAUUAGGGGCCAAAAAUAAGCAUUUUUGUAACUUCCAGACAUAACUUGUGUGUUGGUGUAUGGAUCUCUCUGACAUUGUACCACAAGGUUCCAUGUCACACAGGGAAUACUGGGAUUAAUUUUGGGGGUAAUUGCCUCAAAAUAUUAGGAAUUAGGGGCAAAAAACAAGCAUUUUUUUAGUUUCAUGACAAUAACUUGUGUGUAAGUGUAUGGAUCUUUCUGAAAUUGUACUACAAGGUUCCAUAUCACAAAGGGAAAGCUGGAAUUGAGUUUGGGGGUAAUUGCCCAAAACGUUUAGGAAUAAGGGGCCAAAAAUAAGCAUUUUUCUAGUUUCCAGACAAUAACUUGUGUUCAAGUGUAUGGAUCUCUCUGAAAUUGUACCACAAGGUUCCAUAUCACACAGGGAAUGCUGGGAUUGAUUUUGGGGGUAAUUGCCCAAAACGUUUAGGAAUUUGGGGCCAAAAAGGGGCCAAAAAUAAGCAUUUUUCUAGUUUCCAGACAAUAACUUGUGUUCAAGUGUAUGGAUCUCUCUGAAAUUGUACUGCAAGGUACCAUACCACAAAGGGAAGGCUGGGAUUGAGUUUGGGGGUGAUGAAUCAUAAGGGGGUUCAAAAAAUUUGGGGGGGGGGGAUUUU